AUGGUAGUCUGUAAUAGCGGUUGUAUUGAACGCUGUGUUGAGUGUCCGCUAAGACCUACCACUCAUUGGCCACUCGAAGGCCGACACAUGUGUUGUUCUCUAUUAAGAGUAUUGCUAAUCAUCACGAAAACCAUGUCUGCGGCCAUCUCUAUGGGAUCCGAUCUGAAAGACUACGUGAGCGCCAGAAAUGGUGACAAACCUUCGCUCACCGAUAAUGUCAAGAGUCUGUUCAAUAACGGCAACAAUAAAGCCAAGCAAUGGUUUUAUCAGCCGUUGAGCACCGAAGACAUCGCCGCCGAUGACAGUCACAUGGACUCAAUUGGUGACAACAGAACCCCCUCUACGUCUAAGAGUUGGUUCUCUUCACUCUCGUUGUCAUCCAAUACUCAAAAUGAAGCCAACGAUUGGUUACCAUCUCUUAGUCGGACUCAACGUGUGAUCGGUUUCAUAUCCACUUUUUAUAUUCCUCUUCUGGUAUUCAAAGCCCGAAAGUUUGCCCUUUUAUUCACAUUUGGCUCACUUUUCAUUGUUUUAAGUUUCUCUGUCCUGUGGGGACCAAUCAGUCAUAUGAAACACUUGUUCUCUCAACAGAGACUUCCCUUUACUCUCACAUAUUUCGGCUCUUUAUUCAUGACUCUAUACUUCGCUCUAAAGGUUCAGAGCACUGUUCUGACGGCACUGUUUGCUGUGAUUCAAGUGAUAGCACUGCUCUGGUAUGUCGUCAGUUAUCUUCCCGGCGGCCAAACGGGUCUCAUGUUCUUCACUAAAAUUGCCACUAAAGCGGCCGCAAAAGGACUUCCAUAUUUGCCAAAAACGCGUUUCCCUCUCAGCGUCUUCUGGCGCCUAAUCUCGUCCUUAAAGUCCAAUGUUGCGGAUGCGGCGGAUAAUACAGAUGAUUGCGCUGCGGGUCUAAGUCCAUGGGCAGUGCCGACAGCCUCUGCACCACUAACUCAUUGCGGUAGUGAUACGACUGGAAGGCGUCCCUCUCUUUGCGGCAAUGCAUUCGCGGCUUUUGGAUCUGCUUCGGCACCGGAGGGCGCGUGUAGUCACCGAAUAUACGACCACUCAAUCGACGCAUCCGUUCCGCGUAUCGACCGCUCAUUGCUCUGCGAAUCGACGCUAUAA